AUAAAUUAAACGAUACAUACAACACAUUUUUAUCCCAAUAUAUGAAUAAUUCGUUUAUAAAUUGUUAUUCUUAUUCAUCAGCUAUUUUUCAAAACGUGCAAAAUCGUCAAAGUGUCAGGGACGCGGCAUGGGUACCUUGAUGCUGAUAGUAUUAUUGGGAGUGGUGGGGGCGCAGGCAGCCAAACAAGUCUGUAAAUCGGGACAGUACACGAAGAGCGGAGAGUGCUGCCUGCAGUGCCAGCCUGGCGAGGGCGUGGUGAAGAAGUGUGGUGCCACCCAGACCGUGUGUGCCCAAUGUCUGGAUAGUGAGACCUUCUCAGAGAACUACAGCCACACAGAGCCCUGCCAGCCCUGCACGCGGUGUACCGGCCUGAUGCGCAUGCUGACUCCCUGCACGGACUCCAAUGACGCUAUCUGCAUCUGCGACUAUGGCUACUUCAUGAGCAAGCUCUCAGGGAGCUGCGAGCCAUGCACCACAUGCCCUGAGGGCAUGGGCGUGCUGGCUGGCUGUGGACAGGACCAGGACACCGUGUGUGAAGAGUGCACAGAUAACAACUACUCUGACCAAGACAAUGCACUAGACCCCUGCCUGCCAUGCACCACCUGUGAAGAAGGGGUGGAGCUGGAGGUGGAGUCAUGCACUCCCACCAGUGACACUGUCUGCCAAGACAUAAACCCACGCUUUUCAGCCUCACCUUCACCUUCACUGAGUGCUUCACCCCCAUCCUUUACGGAUGGCCUCCUGCCCAUCUCCCCCACAGAGAGCGCCCCCACUGGGGAUCCCAGCUACCCGGAAUUCAUCGGCCAUGGCCUCAACGAGAAGCUCAUUCCUAUCUAUUGUUCCAUACUGGCAGCUGUGGUGCUGGGCCUGGUAGCCUUCAUCAUCUUCAAGAGGUGGAACAGCUGCAAGCAGAACAAGCAGGGUGCCAACAAUCGCAGUGUGAACCAGACGCCAUCGCCAGAGGGAGAGAAACUGCACAGCGAUAGUGGCAUCUCGGUGGACAGCCAGAGCCUGCAGGAACAGCAGCAACAGCAGCAACAGCAACAGCAGCAGCAGGCACAGACAGUGGUGAAGGUGGAUGGGGGGCCCAUCUUGGCCCUACCCCCCCACAAGCGUGAAGAAGUGGAAAAGCUCCUGAACAGAUGUUGCGGAAGUGAGGGGAUGGGGGACGAGGAGGAGACGGACUGGUGCAACCUGGCAGGGCUGCUAGGCUACGAGGAUGAGCACAUCGCAUCGUUCCGACAGGAGGAGCACCCAGUCCGGGCACUGCUGUCCGACUGGGCCAGCAAAGACUGUGCCAGCAUGGAUGCGCUCUGCACGGCCCUGCGCAAGAUCAACCGGGACGACGUCGCCCAGAGCCUGGCCCUCAACCCCAGCACCGAACCAACCGCCACCUCGGCAGUGUGACAGCCCAGCCCCGCCAUCCUCCCCACUACCACCGUGUCUGACAGCAGGAUCUUGUGUAAAUGAGAAAGCGAAGUCUUGUUGGUAGGAGAGGCUGCCCCGCAAAAGGGAGCAGGGAAAGACACUAGGCUGGUUGGUCGUUGGAUUUUCCUUUGAAAGGGGACAUGGUUCUGAUGAAGGAUUGAGGAGAGAACCCCUCCCAUGCCCUUCCUCCCAGCCCCCAUCCUCUCAUAAGGAUGGAGCUCACAUUCUCCACACUGCCUCCCACCCCUUUUGAUCCAAAAUCCUCAGUUCAUUCUGCAGUCUAACCUUUCCCCGACCCUGCCCCC